AUGACAUACUCCAUAGCAAGCGGCAGCAUGACGAUGAUCUCCACCCCAGUUGCAGCAGGAAUGAGAGAUAUGCACCAAGAGCAAAACGGCCUUCAGAGAUCACAGUCAGGCAAAGACCUUUCAAAAGGAGCCGCCUUCCGUCGGUCUUAUUCCGACAAUCACUUGUGUUGCUCAAUAAAUAGCGUUCGAGCCUCAUCGGCGCAUUCCAAACUCAAGCACAGUCGGUCUACCAGCAUCAUUCCUUUCCAACUCUCCAGUUCUAUCAUAUCAAACUCACUCCGAUCAUUCCUCUUUGACUCGGAGAAUAGCAAGGAAUUGAAUAUAGCGGAGCCAGACAUGAAAUUGGAGGAUACUGCAGAUGAAGUUGAUGGAGGAGAGAUUGAGAUAAAGAGAUCGAAUUGGGUGGAGAGGCUGUUGGAGAUUAAUAGCCACUGGAGAAAUAAACAGCAAAUUGACGGUCUGGAUGGAGAUAAUUCUUCCGAAAUGGUUGAGGACGGUGACACCAGCUGCACAGAUCACGAUGGUGUUUGUGAAGCAGGUUAUAGUUCAGAAGAAGAAGAAAAAGAUGGCGACGAGAUGAAAUAUGAUCAAGAAUCUUUCUCAGAGUUAUUGAUUCGAGUACCCACAUCUGAUGUUAAGCUAUUUUCCCAGCUAGCAUUCUUAUGCAACAUGGCCUAUGCGAUACCAACUAUAACGGCUGAGGACUUAAGGAAACAAUAUGGACUUCAUUUUGUAACAUCCUCCAUUGAACGGAAAGCUGAGAUAUCAGCAGUUAAGGCAAAGUUUGAUGAGGACUCAAUCCGUGUACCUGUAGUUUCAGUCGCAACUACUGAUAGCUGCCAAUCCGAAAAAGACAUUAAGUGUCCAAUCCGUCCAUCAGUUGCUUAUGACAUUGCUGCUUCAGCUGCAUCUUAUGUCCAAUCUCGAGCUAAGGAACUUUCGCCUGUUGGUUCUGAGGCACAAGAGGAGGAAAAUGAUAUGAAUCCAAUUGGACACAGAGAGGGAACACACGAAGAGGCUGAUAAUUCCCCCCGAUUCUAUAAAUCAGAAGUUGCAGUAUAUAUGGCAGCAUCAGCAAUGACCUCAGUGGUUGCAGCAGGAGAGAGAGAAAAACAAGAGGCAGCAAUGGACCUGCAAUCACUACACUCAUCACCUUGCGAGUGGUUCAUUUGUGAUGAUUUAAGCAAAUAUACACGCUGUUUUGUCAUUCAGGGAUCAGACUCUCUGGCAUCUUGGCAGGCAAACCUUUUCUUUGAUCCAACUAAAUUCGAGGAAACUGAGGGCAUAGUUCACAGAGGUAUCUAUGAAGCUGCAAAAGGAAUGUACCAACAGUUCAUGCCUGAGAUAAUUGACCACCUCAAUAAGUUUGGGGAUCGUGCAAAGUUUCAGUUUACAGGCCAUUCUCUUGGAGGAAGUCUCGCCCUUCUAGUACAUUUGAUGCUCAUUUCCAAGAAGAUCCUCAAGCCAUCCAAUCUUCGCCCUGCUGUCACCUUUGGCUCACCAUUUGUCUUCUGUGGAGGCAAAAAGAUCCUGAAUCAGCUGGGGUUGGAUGAAAAUAUCGUGCAGUGUGUAAUGAUGCACAGAGAUAUAGUCCCAAGAGCAUUCUCCUGUAGCUACCCCAACCAAGUAGCUGUGAUUCUCAGGCGUUUACCUGGAUCAUUCCGAUCUCAUCCUUGUCUAAUAAGAAAUCAACUGCUGUACUCUCCACUAGGCAAAAUGUUCAUCCUCCAACCAGAUGAGAAAUCGUCACCUCCGCAUCCCCUACUCCCUCCAGAAAGUGCCCUCUUUUUUUUGGACAAGGACAGAUGCGGGUAUUCUAAAAAUGCUGUCAGGGCCUUCCUCAAUUGUCCCCAUCCUCUAGAUACCUUAAGCGAUCCUACCGCCUAUGGCUCAAAGGGUACUAUUCUCAGAGACCAUGACUCAAGCAACUACUUGAAGGCAAUAAACGGGGUACUAAGACAGCAGACAAGGAUGACAGAUAAGAGAGUAAGGAUACUCACACCAAGAAAUCAAAUGUGGCCACUGCUUACUUCACCCUCCCCACACUUGUGGAGCCAUCAAAGCUAUUUUGAAAGCAACAGGUAUCCAAGCAGAGAGGUCCUGACCGGCGUUUAA